AUGUACAGGUCCAAAACGGGUGCUGCCAACCGGGGCAGCAUCCUCAGCACUCUCAAAGCGACUGAGAUGCUUGAUACAAAAGCUAGUCUUCCUGCGGAGAUCCUGGUGGCUAUUCUCGACUACCUCCCUGUCGCCGAUCAAAUGCGCUUUGCCCGAGUAUCACACCGCAUGCGAGAUAUGGUAUACGACGACACACGAUGGGUUUCUAGAUUAAAGAGCAUGGACUGUUGGGAUGAAGUCGAGGCCCGACGUCGAUUCGAAGAGGCGGUGCGACGGAGACGAGAAUCUGCCAACAUUGCGGCUAAGCAGGCAAAGGGAAUCGCAGUUCCUGCGCAACCCACUGGAACAACACUAUUUGAUGCGUCGUUAGAAGAGGCCAAGAAUCGUGCCGUGGCUGAUAUUCGUGAUGGGUUCGAGACAAUGGCGGUGGGGGCUUCAUCCGACCCCACUGAAGACCCAGCGGCAUAUUUGGAUGUCUUCAAGCAAGUGCGAAGUAUUCGAGGCGGCGCAAGGCAUGAGUAUGGCAAGAUUUAUGGUGCAUUGGCACCUUUUUACUUUGACCUUGCGCGGGCCAAGUCUCAUGCCGACCCUAUCAUCUUCCAGGCCUUUCGCGACCCAGAGAAACAAGCGCAAAUGCUUGCCAAUCUCAAGAGGUUUUCUCAUAGCGAUUGGUCUCCUGGAUGCCAUGAGCGAGAGGAGAAACUUUCAAACAUGAUGGGUAUCUUCGAAAGUGCGGUUCUUCGAGAGUUCGAGCAAGGUUACGAAUUCUGGGACGUGGAUGGUCGAAUGCGUCGCUAUGCACAUGUCCUGCAUACUCUUGACGGCGCAACAGGGGGUGUAGAUCUCUUUAUCCAUAAGCAUCCCAUUUUCAACGAUAACGAAGUAUUGGUGGUCAACUCUAUGGACUGUCUUAAUCAGGCAACGGAAGAGGAAAGCAUCGUACUCGAACCCUCACGGCUGUUCUUUGAGAUGAUACUUGCCAAGGUCAACGAGCAGGCUUCAGUCAUGGAACGCAUCUUUCCCGAACCUGCAAACGUUUUUUGGAGCUUUGUAGAAAAGGUGAGGGAGGAUAUUAUUAUGGAAUACGCGACACCGUUAUUCGAUGAAGCCCAUGAGCGGAGCAUGGCAGCCUAUCUCAAGGCUAUGUCUGGCGUCUUCGAGCAGACAUUGCUCUUCUUCCAAUCCCUCACACCUCCUGAGGGAUCAAAACGAGACGUCAAGGAGAUGGCCAAGGAGUUCUCAUUGCGCGUCUUCGAACCUCACCUCGACCUAUAUCUUCAAGCUGAGUUGGACUUUUUCACAAACCAUGCUGAGACGGAAGUCGCAAGUUGGGAGAAGAAACUCUCUGAACAGGAUUCGACUAUUGAGUCCUUUUACAUGUCAAACAUCAACCGCUCGGCUGAUAAGAAGGACUUUUUAAGUUCUUUCAAGAAAGUUGUCAUGAUGCCCGUUACUGUCCUCCCCAGCUUCCCUAAGGGUUCCCCUUUCGCAACAAACAAACCUUCCACAGCAAAACCAGUACUGUCGGCUUCUAAAGAGUUAAAUGGUGCUGGGGCGCUAAGCCCUCAACCCUCACGCCCCGAGACCCCUAGCUUAGGACUCGAAGGUCGAGGAAGCCCCUUGCCUGCUCAGGCGCCUACAGAUGAGCUCGCAGCCAAGGCAGCCAUCAUGGCGUCGAAGCUUGAGGGCAUCAAGUCACUGUUCAGCAUCGAAGUGGCACUCAAUCUGGUGCACGCUGCCAAAACCAGUCUUGGGCGUGCUUCAGUGUUUAUUAGUCUUGGUGGACAAGCUGGAGGAGAAGCUCGAGAGCAAUGCGCAACCAUUUUCGUAGUGUUGCUCCGUAUUCUAGGACAGAAACACGUCAAGACAGGCUUCGACAUGGCUGUUGACCACCUAUCGCAUUAUAAUCCAAGAGAGGUUAGCGACCAUAACAAGGCGGGUGUGGCACCUCUCGUUACUUUUAUCGAACUCGUCAAUGUAGGAGACCUGAUCUCACAGAUGAUUGACGUUUUCUACGAGCAGCAGCUCGCAACCCCCAAGAUUGCUGACCGCAACGACUUCUUGGAUCCAGCAGGCCUGGCCAAGAAGAAGUUCGAGCAAAUGCUCGACGAGAGUGUCGCUGCUGGCUUGAAUAAGGGCAUUGAUGUCCUGAUGGACGAGGUUGAAUACCUCCAGGGCACAACUCAGCCGCCCACAGACUAUAACCCAAUUGACCCCUCCGCCCCAUCAUCGUCCUCUGCAUUUGGAUCUGGCUUUGGCGUUGGUUCUAGCACUGUCGAGAAACCAGCUGCGCCUGCUGCAGAGCCUGAUAUCGGUCCUACAGCCACAGCCAAACGUAUCGUUGAGCUUGUAUCAUCUCACACGAAAAUGCUGGUCGGUACGACGGAUAAGUCCAUGCUUGAUGUGUUUAACGGCGAGGUCGGCUUGCGCCUAUUUACAGCCAUCUGCAAACAUCUGAAGCGUCAACGUAUCAGUACCGAGGGCGCAAUUACCCUCAUUGCCGAUAUGAAUGUCUAUUAUGAGUACAUCAGAACUCUGCGCAACGCCGAUCUGCUCGCCUACUUUGCCGCCUUGCGCGAGUUGAGCCAAAUUUUCCUCAUCGAUCCUCGGCACGCACGCGAGAUGGCCACUGUCAUUGCGGAUGGUGACCGUUUCGGCGGAGUGUUUCGUGCCGAGGAGGUCUACGAGUAUGCGCAGAGAAGAGCGGAUUGGUACCAGGUUAGAAAGAGCGUUGAGAGAGCCAUGUAUGGGCUUGAGUGUGUACUCAUGUAA